AUGGCUGACCAAAAAAGAUCACACAACAAUUUACUUGAUUAUUUCAAAAAGCAGACUAAAAAAGUGAAACUGAGUACAGCUGACAGUGACAAUUGUAUGGUAAUAAGUACAAAUAAGGAGUCGAAUGCAAUAUUACAGCCAGAUCAGAGAGUAUCUGGUCGGCAAACACACAGAACUAAUGUAGACGUUGACACUCCGGAAAGUUUUUACCGAGUAGGGGUAUUCAUCCCAUUUUUAGAUAAUUUUAUAGAGCAAUUACAUAAUAGGUUUUUAGAACAUCAGUCCAUUUUAAAAAGCUUUGAUUGUUUAAUACCAAAGUCUAAUCUUAAAGUUACAAAAAACAUUGAAGACAAAUUUAAGUUACUGCUAGAAAAUUACAAAGAUAUCUUAAAUGAUGAUAAAAAUGAUAAUAUAUUAAAUAAAUAUUCAGGCUGUGCCGAAUUAAAAUUAUGGCAUAAUAGCUUUGAAUAUCAAAGUAAACUUUCUGAACAUUCUGAACAAUCUAAAAUAACUGUAAAAGAUUUAUUCUUCCAAUGUAAUUCAGAAAUGUAUACAAUUAUUUCAAAGUUGCUUCAAAUUUUCAUCACAUUACCAGUUACAAAAGCAUCAGGAGAACGUUCAUUUUCUACAUUACGACGUAUAAAAACUUAUUUACGGAAUACAACUGGACAAAUCAGACUUAACGGUUUAUCAAUGUUAAAUAUUCACAGGGAUAUAACAAUAACCCACGAGGAGAUAAUCAAUGAGAUGGGAAAAACAUCAAACAAGAGAUUGGCAUUAAAUUUAUAA